AUGUCGGACAAGGGGGAACCUCCCCCAACACGCCGAAAACCACCCGACAGGCGUCUGGGAGUUCUCGACAGGCCCCUCAUGGAGCGAGACCUCUUCGCUCCUGAGAGGUCGCGAGUGCUCCCACCGUAUAGCCAACUCCCGAGGCGUAUUGGUAGUUCAUCGGCCACUGGCACCGCGCUCGGCGCUGGUGAAGCUGUGUCUCCACCUAGCGUCGAACCGGCGCCACUACCACGCCGGAGCCAAGCCUCGCGGAGACGUACACCUCCUGAAAUAGACAAAGACCAGCUCCAAGAGGAGAAAAGGCUGAGAGCCGGAUCAGACUCACUAUCUGAUUCGGCAUCGCCUCCUUCCUCGGUAACCCCACCCGAGAGACAAGCCCCACAACCUGUGGUAAGGCAUAACAUUCCGCCAAACUCACCGUCUCCAACCACCUCUCCGGCUUGCACCGCUGAUAUGCAGGAUUUCGGCGAGGAAGACCCGGAAGGGGAGAGAGAGUGGGACAAUACGUCCUACGCCACUCUAGCCCCAAUGCAAGACUCCCAACCUGUAAACCAGGAGCCCAUGCCUGGUCCAUCUUCUGCGCCGGACUCUUAUGCGCAAAUUGCAGCAGCGCCGAGAUCAGCGCCACCAUCUCCUCCACCACCAUCUGCACAAAAACAACAACAACCAGGGGAACCUCCCCCAACACGCCGUAAACCACCUGAUAGGCGUCUGGGAGUACUCGACAGGCCCCUCAUGGAGCGAGACCUCUUCGCUCCUGAGAGAUCCAGAGUGCUCCCACCUUACAGCCAACUCCCGAGGCGAAUAGGCAGUAUACCGGCGCCCGGCGCCGCGCUCGGCGCAGGUGAAGCUGUGUCUUCACCGAGCGCAGAACUGGCUCCAUUACCACGCCGGAGCCUAGCCUCGCGGAGACGUACACCUCCUGAGAUAGAACAAGACCAGCUGCAAGAGGAGAAAAGGCUGAGAGCCGGAUCAGACUCACUAUCUGAUUCGGCAUCGCCUUCUGCCUCUGCCACACCACCUGAGAUACAAGCCCCACAACCUGUGGUAAGACAUAACAGACCGCCUAACUCACCGUCUCCAACCACCUCUCCGGCCUGCACCGCUGACAUGCAGGAUUUCGGUGAGGAAGACCCGGAAGGAGAGAGAGAGUGGGACAAUACGUCCUACGCCACUCUAGCCCCAAUUCAAGACUCCCAACCUGUAAACCAGGAGCCCAUACCUGGUCCAUCUUCAGCGCCAGACUCUUAUGCGCAAAUUGCAGCAGCGCCGAGGCUGCUGCGAAAGGGAAAUUAUGCAGAGCGUGUGGGUGCCGGCGCUCCGGUGUACCUGGCCGCAGUCAUGGAGUACCUCGCCGCUGAAGUUCUAGAGUUGGCCGGUAACGCUGCUCGGGACAAUAAGAAGACCAGAAUCAUACCGAGACAUCUUCAGCUUGCCAUCCGCAACGAUGAAGAGUUGAACAAGCUCCUCUCCGGUGUGACGAUCGCCCAGGGCGGUGUACUACCCAACAUUCAGGCGGUCCUUCUUCCCAAGAAGACCGAGAAGAAGGCCUAA